AUGGCGCGACUCCUUCACAAAACCGUUACUGAAUCGCUUCUGGGCAAUCAAAUACCGAAGAUCUGGGAACUUCAAGAAGAACUAGGUCUCCGACAUGCUAGUUGGGGACUAAGAGAAAGCCUCAAAAACGGGUUGGUUCGAUUGAGAGAGACGUACAGAACACAGGAAGGUGGAACUGGGGAGUCCUUGGUCCACUGGUCGGUGCAGUCUGUUCAAAUGGAUUUAGGAACAAUGGCAGAGCUCUUCUUAGUUGAUGGUGCUGGGGAAAGGUUUUGGUGCGCGGAGAGAUCGUGGAUUCGCAAAGGGGAUUUGGUAUAUCCCAAGGAUAAAGCGAAGUUAGUAUUUGAAUCUAUUCCGUAUAUUAAAAAGAUCCUAACUAAUUCUAUCAGAAUUAUCGAGUUGUUGAAACAAUAUAUAUACAGACAAAAUACCAGUUCCCAGAGGAACGCUACUAGGAUCUUUCGUGCCGACAAAACCGAUACUGGAGAAGAGGAAAUGGUCAAUACUAGACAGGGUCUGAUACCCCCAAGAGCAUGUCCUCUGGCUACGUUCACAUCAACCGAGGAUCCUCCAAGGUACGUCUAUUUUGUCUGUACCCCCUAUUAUACUAGCAACAAAGUAGCACUACGGCCAGGUACUUCUUGCAGCAAGUGUCAGGAUAAUACGUCUACCAGAAGAAUGGCAAGCUUGAAACACCUCCACUUCGAUGGUACUUCUCUUCGCCUUCGAAGCGAAACAUCUGACAUUUUAUUUUCCAGCAAUUCAUGAACAUACACUCUAUGGUAUCUGCAAGUAUUGAAGAAUAAAAGGUUUAUGAGCGAAGAUAGCCUAACUAUGUCGUUUAACAGAUGCAUUCUUAUUGUACCGCUCAGCAAAGAAUUACAAGAGCCAUUGAUAGGCUCCGAUAGACUAAAAGCCAUCAGACCAAGACCCACUAAGAGGCCGUAUGGUGCAUACUAUGAGCCCGAGGUAUGUUGACCUCUAGCAGUGCGGCUGUCGAAUACAUCACAAACUAAGUUUGCUUUUUCUCAAAGGGCUCGAAACUUUCUUCGACAUCGUACGAAGGCUUUGUAGGACCCGACGAUGGAGCCCACAAAAGGAGAAAAGAGUCCUCAUUCCAUCCCGAUAUGUAUUCCCCAAGAAGAAAUAAUCGCUUCCUAAAAGCCUCCGAGAAUCCUGAAUUCGUCCCAGAAGAGAAUUUGGAGUUGCUGGGUGAACCUUGGACUAAGAAGCGCAGCCGUAAAUGUGCGCAGGAGGACGGCAUCAUAUCCCUCACAGAAGUGGCUGCCAGUAUUCAGUACAAAGAGUUCAUAAGCCCGAAAUCUCUUCGAAGAAAUUUUCCUGAACCACGUUUACAGGCGGAAACCUCCCAGCUUUAUGUGACAUCGGGUUUUCCCCAAUCUUCGUCAUUGAGUGCGUUGGGUACAAAUGAGGGUCAGUUGCCUUACGAAUGGGGAUCUUUGCGGGCCUUUGAGCCACGACAAGAUUUUGAAGUCCCGAAAAACAUACUCUUGAGCAAUACCACAGGGUCGGGUAUUCAAACUCGAUUGUCAACACCAUCCAUGUCAUAUGAAGAUGAUGUUCUCAACGGGGUCCAGACAACAUUUGCAAUCAGCCCAAGUACCACCUCCUUGCACACUCCCUCUUUACCCAGCUGCUCGCCAUGCUCAGCUUCAGAAACAGAAGAGGUUGCUACCAGUGCCGAGCCGAAAAUCCAAGAGAGAAGCACCGUGUCUGAUCAAGUCUUACAUGAUUCAGAUAGUCUCACCCCAGCUGGCCGAAUUCAAGAACCGAAGGGUCGCAGCCUGGCAGAUAGAAGCUUUUCACAGCUACAAUUCCCUUCGAUGCACAAUCUAUCUUCGACAACUUACACAUCUCUGCCCAGAAUAUCCCAGAAUACAGAGGAUCAAGCAUAUGUUCCAUCCCCAUCAUUUCCAAGGCUACCAGAAGUCCAGAAACAGAAACCCAUCACCAUGUCUAUUCCGCUUUGGAUAAUAACCCAGGAUUCCGAAAAACUCUGGACCGGCCCCAAACUGGUUGACCUAUCGCUCUCAGCGUUCCGCUUCCGUAUUGCUUCUCUUACGACCUCGGAUCCACAGAACAUUGUAGAGCUAGAAGUUAUCCUCCUCGGCCCUAAGAAGAUAAUAAUGAGAAUUCCUUGUGAAGGAGCAGAUGAAAUGUGGGACUUCGUAAAGAGUGGACUCACACAGAAUAUAAAAAGGUUUAGAAGAGCUAAUCAGACCAUGAAGCUGAGAAUCAAUGUCGAACCUUUUUGGAAGGAGGGUACAUUUACAGGAAGGGUCCAGAGGAAUGAAAUUGAGGACGACGAAGAUAUAGAGGUUGAUUUUUAA